UUGAUUCUUCAUAUUUUAUUAGUUAAUUGUGUUACAUAUAAUAGAAAUACUUACUUCAAACUAAAAAAAAUCAAAUUUAAAAUGAGUUAUAUAUAAUUUAAUAUACAAAAAUUCACAUACAAAUAAAAAUGAUAAAUGUAACAAAUUUAAAUAUAUUAUCCGCGCGUAGCGUGGAGAAAGGAUCUAGUGACAGUAAAAACUGAAGACAAGCCUUUUUCAACAAUUAAAACACUUAUUUUGGAUUUUUGUUAAAUAAUUAAUAUAUGUUAACAGUUUCUAUGUCUUUCUAUCAAAAAAUAUUUUCCAUAUCAGCCAUAUCUUAUAUUACGGGUUCGGGUUGAAUUCUACUUCAUGAAUUAACAUGUGGGUUAUCCAUAUUGCGAAUUAAAUUACAAAAUAAAUCAUUGAGAAGUUCUUUUUGCAGGAAAUGCUUGAACUUUUUUUUAAAUAUGAAUUUAAACAGUAAAAUUGUUUUUGUUUUUGUUACUUCAAAUUCUUACAAAAUAUAAUAUUUUGUAUGUAUCAAUCUUAUAAGUGCCAAGUUGGUAUAAAGUUGGAGAGUGUUUGCAUUUUUAUACAAUAGAUUAUUAGGAUUAUAUGAGUAAAAAUGUAUCUUGACUUCUCUGUUGACUAGUUGACUUGUAUUAGAUUAUAUAGCUUAAUGUAUUGUUUUUAAUCAUGAAAAGAUAAUCAACAAUAUAAUUCAUUUCAAAAAUGUGUGUUUCAGAAGUAAAUUGUAAGAUACUGAUAAUCAAUAGUUGAUUUAUUUUGAUAAUCUUGUAGGUAAAAUAUAUUUGAAUUAAAAUUUUGGAUAUUUUAUAUGAAAAAUUAAAAAAUAAUACUAGGUGAAAUGUUACAUGAAUCCAAAUGAGAACACUUAAUCACAAAUGUAUGAAAAUUUCCGUCUAAAUUUAUUGACUGUUUUGAAAAAUAAUUUAGGAUCUAAAGAGGAGGAAUAUAUGUUAGCAUUUAAAGAAAAUACAGAAUAAAAGAUACAUGAAACAAGUCUGUAUGAGAUGAAUGAAUGAAAGAUAUAAAAUAUGUGCAUUAAAAUGAUAAAAUCUCUUCUAUAAUAGUUUCUGAUCUAUAUAAAUCACAAAUGGGCACUGAAUCUGUAGAUUGGCUAAUAAAUAAAAUUAAUGAGAAAAUAUCCUCUAUCAUAGUUUAUGAUCUAUCAGAUUCUCUAAACACAAAUGGAAAUGAAUUUGGUAGAUUAGAGUUUUUUUUUUAAAUCUCAGCAUGCGCGUUGCAAUUAGUUUACCACUAUCCCACAAACCUUAUAUAUACCAACACAUUAGAUUGCCAACAAAUAAAAAAGAACUCAUUAUUUCACUUCGAAUACAAAGACGAUGGCCUCUAUAUUCUUUUCAGUUCUCUUGCCUCUAUCAGUACUCUCUUCACCCUUUCUCCUAAACGCAAACGCUCAUACAAAACUUGGCUUCAGCACGGAUCUGAUCCACCGUGACUCUCCUAAAUCGCCUUUCUACAAUCCGACAGAAACCUCUGCUCAGCGUCUAAGAAACACGGUUCACCGAUCCGUAAACCGUGUUGUCCAUUUCAACGGAAAAGAUGCAUCAGUUAACUCACCUGAAACUGAGAUAACCUCAGAUGGAGGUGAAUAUCUCAUGAAUGUAUCACUCGGGACUCCUCCCUUCCCGAUCAUGGCGAUCGCUGACACGGGAAGCGAUCUCCUAUGGACCCAGUGCAAGCCAUGCGAUGACUGUUACACUCAGGAUGAUCCUCUCUUUGACCCUAAAGCAUCUUCUACAUACAAAGACGUUUCUUGCUCCUCAAGCCAAUGUACUGCCCUUGAGAGUCAAGCCACUUGUUCGACAGAAGACAACACUUGCUCUUACACUUUGUCUUACGGGGACAAGUCUUACACAAAGGGUAAUGUUGCCGCCGACACCGUAACGCUUGGCUCCACUGAUAACCGCCCCGUGCAGCUCAAAAAUAUCGUCAUUGGAUGUGGUCACAAUAACGCUGGAACAUUCAGCAAGAAGGGCUCUGGAAUCAUUGGACUUGGUGGUGGUUCGGUUUCGCUCAUUUCGCAACUCGGAGACUCAAUCGAUGGCAAAUUCUCAUACUGCUUGGUCCCUCUAUCCUCAGAAAACGAUAAAACAAGCAAGAUCAACUUCGGAACUAAUGCGGUUGUGUCGGGAAAUGAAUCUGUCUCAACUCCAUUGAUCACAAAAUCGCAAGCGACCUUCUAUUACCUAACCCUAGAAUCCGUUAGCGUGGGUAGCAAGAAUAUCAAAUACCCAUCGGUAUCAGAUUCUUAUGGAAGCAGCAGCAAGGGGAACAUCAUCAUCGACUCUGGCACAACUCUGACCAUGUUCUCAACCGACUUUUACUCCGAACUCGAAGAUGCGGUUGCAUCCUCAAUCGAUGCUGAGAGAACUAACGAUCCACAAAACGUGUUGAGUUUGUGUUACAGCGCAACCGCUAAGCUGAACGUUCCAGUCAUUACUAUGCAUUUCGAUGGAGCAGAUGUGAAGUUAGACUCCUCCAAUGCCUUCAUACAAAUCUCUGAGGAUUUGGUUUGCUUCGCCUUCCGUGGGGACGACCAGUUGGCAAUUUACGGGAAUAUAGCACAGAUGAACUUCCUUAUUGGUUACGACACCGUUUCUAAGACGGUCUCAUUCAAACCAGCAGAUUGUGCAAAGAUGUAGAUGUUUCCGCUCCACCUGCCUAGUUUUUCUUUCCUUUCAAAUUAUAUAGUUUUAUUAUUAUUAUAUUAAUGGCUGAAUUCAUUUUAGCCUCGUUUCUUCGUUUACAAUUAUGAUUAUGUAGAAUCCUUAAUUUAUUUCAUUAUGAUAUAAUAUUAUUGGUUCUCUUCGUAAUUGCAUAUUUAUCUUACCACUAUUUAAUAGGAAUGAUUUGAUAACUUUAGAAAACUAUGUUUUCUAAUAUUGUUCCUCUAAGCGGUGUUAGACCAUCUCCACUGGUCAGAACCUAUCAUGGGUUCUAAUGAAUAGUUUAAUUAUAAAUUUUGUAAUUUGUGAAGUUUAAAACCCUUUGUAAUGUAAUUAAAUUUGUAGUGGUCCAAUGGCAGAAUCCUUUUGAAGUUCUUAAAAAUUAAUUUUUAAAAAAAAUUAGAGAUUCAGUUAUUAAAUUUAAAUUUUAUAAAACUUACAAAUUAUUGGAUUUCAUAAAAUUUAAACAAAUAUGACAUAAAAGCAUAUUAAAAAUAGAAAUACAAAUUUAUAAUUAAUUUUUUUUUAAAUUAAACAUGAAAGAAAAGCAUAAAUAAAAUUUUAAAUAAACAUGACACAAAAGUAUAUUAAAAAUAUAAAUUCAAAAAGUUCAGCUUUCAAUUGUUGAUGUACUGUUUUAUAACGAACUCGAUUUCGAAUGCUCAUCAUAUUCCCGAGAUUUGAAGGCAUAUAUGUAGAAUACGUGAAACCCACUUGUAAACUUCGGUUUGAUUAUACAUGUGCAAAUUUUGAUACAUCAAACUGACCAUCUCGUUCGUCUUCUACUAUCAUAUUAUGCAGUAUGAUACAUGUUCUCACUAUCUUUCCAGUUUUUACUUUAUCCCACAUAAGAGCUGGGUUUUUUACUAUGGCAAAUCGAGCUUGCAAGACUCCAAAAACACGCUCGGCAUCUUGACAUACAGCUUCUUGAUAUGUAACGAAUAAGGAUGCUUUCGGACCUUGUGGAAGUGGAAUAGAUUGGACAAAAGUAGCCCAUUUUAAAUAAAUACCAUCUGUGAGAUAGUAGGCCAAAUGGUACUCGUGUCCGUUGAUAAUGUAAUUCACUUUUGGAGCUCGGCCAUGUAAUAUAUCAUCAAAAACUAAUGACCAAUCAAGAAUAUUGAUAUCAUUUAAUGUACCUGGAGGUCUAAAAAGUGUGUCAUAUCCAGAGAUUUUGUGAAGCUACAGCCUCUAAAAACAUUGUUGGCUUUCCUGAUCCACAUGUAUAUUGACCUUUCUAUGAGGUCUGGCAAUUUUUCAACUCCCAAUGCAUACAAUCAAUUAUUCCUAUCAUCCCGGGAAAUCCGUGUAUCUCUCCAAUAUUGAGUAGUUGUUGAAGAUCUUCUGACGUGAGUAUUCUUAGAUACUCAUCUCCAAAUAAAUUUAUGAUUCCUUCAACAAAAUGUUCCAAGCAUGAAAUCGCUGUGGUGUCAUCAAGUCCGAGGUAUUCAUCAACCGCAUCAGCUGGGCAACCAUAUGCCAUCAUACAAAUUGAUGCCAUUUACUUUUGUAAAAUAGUGACCAAACCUUCCGGUAGCAUCUCUUCUUUGUUGAAAGAAGGGGACUUCAGUGGAGAGUCAAUCAACAAUACGCAUGAACAAGGGCUUGUUCAUACUAAAACGAUGUCGAAAUAUUUGAGAAGGGUAUGUUACAUCUUCACUAAAAUAAUUGUUCCAUAACUGGAUGUGUCAUUGUUCAUGUUGUCUUUCAAUGUAGAUUCAUUUUUUUGUUGAAAGAAGGGGACUUCAGUGGAGAGUCAAUCAACAAUACGCAUGAACAAGGGCUUGUUCAUACUAAAACGAUGUCGAAAUAUUUGAGAAGGGUAUGUUACAUCUUCACUAAAAUAAUUGUUCCAUAACUGGAUGUGUCAUUGUUCAUGUUGUCUUUCAAUGUAGAUUCAUUUUUUUUACUUAGCCGAUUCUUGACGACCACUAUGAUGAAUGAAAAGUUUUUGAAAUUGUUGAUCGAAAAUUUAGUUGAAUUUUUCAUCCAUCAUUUCUUCAAAAUUAUCAGAAAAAGAAGAAGAUGAUGUCAUUUACAAGAUGUUAACUCUUGCUAUUUUGGUGAAUGUGAAGAAAGAGUUGUGGUCAGAUGAAAUUACUAAAAGAAGGUGAAGAGAAACAAAAUCUUAAAACUUAGGAGAAAAAUAAAAAAGAAGCAAAAUGUGGUUGUUGGAACAAAUGAUCAUAGUUUUUACUUAUGAAAAAAACAUGGAAACACAUCUAAGAAAUUUUGAUUCCAAAUAUCUAUGUAUGUCAGAUGUAAAAAUUAUUUUUCUUCUUGUCUUCUUCUUUUUCUUAUUGUCUUCUUCUUUUUUAAAUCAUGUGAAAUGGACUGUUUAUUGUCUUUUUCCACGAGCUGCAGCAGAAUUUGCUUGGUUAAAAUUAAUGCAUAACUUAAAAAUUAUAACAAAAAUUAAAAAUAUGCCACAGCAAGUACUGUUUACUCAUGUUGUCUGCUUUUUGUCUUGGCUCUACCUGCAAAAACUGAUCAGAAACAUGGUAGAGAGUCUUCUUGUUACACAAUACACACAAUAAUUUCUUGGUAAAGAAUCAACUCAUUUACCGUCAAUUUAGAUGGUCACAAAUAGUAUAAUACCAAUAACUCAAAGUUUCUCUUCUGAACAUUAAUAAUCCAUGAUAAGUUUCUCUUAAAUCGACACAGUUUCAAUAAAAUUAACUCAAAAUACGACAAAUUAAAUAAUAUAAACUCAGACACUGAUUAAAUCAAAACAGACUCAACAAUGUCAAAAUCUAACUAACUUGUCAACAUGUUAUUAAUUAGCUUAUUUUUCAAAGUAAUUUCUAUUUCACUAAAUGGCUCUUUCUUUAUAAUUAGGCGUUAAGCAAUUUUUCUUGUUAAGUUUGUCCUUCAAAAUAAAGUCAUUUUUACCUUAUCUCCCACAUGCUCUGAAACUCCACAAGUGGCUUCCCCUCCUCUUCCAAAGUCGUUGGCUUGCUCACAUAAUGUUUACCUUUGGCCUUUGCUAGUUUAACGCCACCAGGCCGAGCCAUUAUCCUCUCCAUCGCUACAUGGCACAAAAGUUGAUGACUGUGCGGAUUGGUCAUCAAACUUUCUUCUUUUUUACUUUACGUUAUCUUUAGUAGAAGAAGCUCCACACCAAUUUUGAUCAUGGUGAAGUUCUAACCAUGCAUGCUCAAGUGUGAACUUGACCUUGUAUUCAUUGAAGAAUAUUUUAUGGGUUAUUUUCAUAACAUCAUUCUCAUUCUGUCCACUGGAUUUCUCUUUCGUUGCAGCAUCAUAACAGCCUACAAACUUACAUACACCCUCAUUAAUCUUUCCCCACCUUUUUUUACAAUGACUUGGCUCUCUCUUUUGCAAACCAGCAAGCUUUGUACUUGAUGCAAAAUAGGCUGCAAUUCGUUUCCAAAAUGUCAUUGCUUUUUGCUCAUUCCCAACACCAAGAUCUUUUGAGGUGUUCAACCAAGCACUGAUGAGCACAAUAUCUUCUAUUGGCGACCAUUUCUGUCUUUCUUAUGGUCAUAAAUAGUGUGUGCAUCUACGUUUGCAUCUUCAGCCCAUUGUGUACCAAAGACAGAGACAUCUGACGCUCCAAGUUCCAUACUAGGUGAACAACUCACAUACUAAUUAGGGUGUUGACUGUUUGGUUGUUGAUUGUUUAAGAGGUUUACAAGGGUAGAAGAUUGACUAUAUGAAUCCAUAAACUUGUUUAAAAGUUAUAAGGAAAUAGCAAAGGAGAAAGGGUGAGUUGUUCGGUUUGAAAAGGAAAGUUAAAAGGAGAACUUUUAGUUGUUAAAGUUUCAGAUUUAAGUGUUAAUUAAUGGCAAUCAAUGACUUUACCAAAAAUUAAAACAACCAAGAAAAGUAAAUGUAAAACACUUCUACGCAACUAUCAAAUAAAUGACACUAAAGUCCAUUUGAUUUCCAACCUAAUCAAUAUCCAACACGCAUUAAAAGAAAAGUCUAUUACCCUCUUGCACUGAAAUGAAAGAGAUAUGUUUUGAUGAUGUUUGAUCCGUUUCUGAGAGAACUGGCACCAUAGUGAAAUCUUACACAACAAAUAAAGAAUGUAAAAUUAAAUGGCACUAAACCAUAAACUGUAAAGAGAUAAACGAAAACGAAAACCAAAAAGAAAACAUAUGGAGACUAAACGGUAUGAAAAUAAAGAAAACACAAGCUUGGUGUAAAGCAUCAUCUUGUCAUCAAAUUUUAAAAAGAGUCCAAGUAAUUCAUGAAUACUGAUUAGGACCGUAGAUGAUAAUGCUAACCUAUCUCAACAACCUAAUUUUAAGUAUUAAUUCGUGUCAUCAUGUCAACCAAAAUUCCGAUACUACCAUAGAGCCUUAACCAAUUUUAUCUGCUUGUUAAGCCUAAUAACUAAGAAGCUAUUACGAAUCAUGCAACAUAUGUUUAAGAACUAAGCAUAUCAAUUUCCUGAAAACAAUCAUUCCCACCAUCACUUAGCUUAUACAAAACACACAAAAACUGAUUUAACACUUAUAAUAGAGUUUUUUUUCCUUUUACCUUGUAAUCACUAUUAACUUUUGCUAAUGAAACUAUUUGUUGUAUCGUUGAUAGCUCCAACAUGCCAUCUUAAACUGCUAUGUGAUCCUGACAUUUCGUUUCUCCCUCAAUAGAAACCUGGAAAAAAAACUCAAACCAAAUCGGCUCUUUCAAUUACAACGAGGUUUGGAAACUGGACAAAGACAUACAAAUAAUAAGAUAGAACCAAAUCGAUAUAAUAAGAGAGAAAAGAGAAGAGAUGGACAGAGUCAAAUGUAAUCUCAAAUCUCAUCAUUAAAACAAAAUUUUUGAUUAUAAUCAACGGAAUUCAAUUCACGAACUUCAAAUCAAUACAAAAAAAAUUCAAAGAAUCUGAACCAUGGCGGUGAUUUCAUGGACGGAUUUGGAGGAGGACGUAGCAGCCAUCAAGCCAGAGAGAAAGUGAUUCGGUGAGAAACAUCGAUGAAGAGAGAGACAUGGGCAAAAGUUUCCCACUUUUGUCUAAAAUUAAUUAGCCAAUACCAAAAAGGCACGUAUGGGGUGUUCACCAGUUCUAAAAUGGCUAUAUUAGACACCGGUUCUGAUAUUUUAUCUCAUUUUUUAUUUAUUUAUUUAUUGGUUUUUUUUGUUGAACCUCUUAUUAAACCCUCCGUUAGAGGUGCUCUUAGUUUUCAUCUUUGAUGAAAAAGAAAAAUAACAAUAAAGACAGAAAAAAAGCAUAUCACUUUCAUAUAAGACACAUAUGUCUUUAUGUAGAAUCCUUAAUUUAUUUCAUUUUGAUAUAAUAUUAUUGGCUCUUUUCAAAAUUGCAUAUUUAUCUUAUUACUAUUUAAUAAGAAUGACUUGAUAACUUUAGAAAACUCUGAUUUUUAAUGUUUUUUUUUUCUAAACGGUAUUAGUUUCCUUCUUUGCUGAAAAAGCAAGAUAACAAUAAAAACAGGAAAAAUGUAUAUCACUACCACAUAAGACGCAUAUAUCUCCUACUUUGGGACGACAAACAAUUUUACUAUAACACAUGCCUCUUGCCUGCCAAUGAAAGAAUACCAAAGACUUAAAUUGGGUUAGCCCAUGUCUAUUUUUGUCUAUAUUUAUUUGUCCAUUUUUUGUUUGCAGACAAUUAGUGACGAUGUCGGUUAAUGACUGAAUCCAUUAAGUACCAAAUCCAUGAAGUCCAUUACAGGACCAUAUAAAAAAUACAAAGUUCAUAAGACUGAAAUUCAUAUGUAAAUUCAUAAGUAUAUUAAUACAUAAGUUCAAAAUCGUAACUAACAUAAGUUCAAAAACAUAAAAAAAACAUAAACACAUACUACAUAACUUCAUUACAUUAAGAUGAUA